UAUGAAGUUUCGGAAGUAUGCUUGGAGAAAGCUUUAUCCAUAUUCAGAAGUAUUGGAGAUAGAAGACAAGAGUUCCGAAUCCUUCAAUAUUACGCCCUUUUGUAUUCAUUUCAAAAUAAAAUCAAAGACUCCCUUGUAUGUCUUCAUUUGUGCAUUGAAAAGUACGAGGAGCUGAGAUAUUUCUUGGGGGCCAAUGAUGAGUUCAAAACAUCACUUCUGGAGCACUCGGGAAUAUUUCCCUACAAGCAACUUAGUACUCUGCUUUGUGAUACCGGAAAUGCUCUUGAAGCUCUUUAUGUUGAGGAGUUGGGUCGAGCGAGAGGUCUAUCAGACUUGAUGACAGAGAAGUACUCGCUUGAGACGCAGAUUUCUGCUGAUCCACAAUCUUGGUUUGGCAUUGAAAACAGUUUUAGAAAGAAAAAUAACUGUGCUUGUUUGUACAUUUCUUAUUUUCACAAUGUUCUGCAUUUGUGGAUCUUGAAAACAAGUGGAGUCCUUCACUAUAAAAGAUUACUAGAAGAGAAUCUAGUUCAGGCUGGGUUGCCCAAAGAUUUGCCUCUGAGUGAGUUUUUGGCUGAUAGUUUCCGGAGUCUUGGUAUUUUGCCCACUGAAGAUUGUGAAGAUCGGUCUUUAAAUAUGGUUGAAUUGGAACCUCUCUCCCUCGAACAAAAGAGCCUAGCAAGAAUGCGACUCGUGGAGGAGGACGAGGACAAGGAGGUCAUUUAAAGUCUAUAUUUGUGUUACAAAAUGUUUAUUGUCCCUGUUUAUGAUUUGCUUGAGGAGCCUGAAAUCAUUAUUGUUCCUGACCGCAGUUUGUACAAAGUUCCCUUUGCUGCCCUGAGUGAAAAGGAGGGAGCCGAAUACCUGUCGGAGACUCAUAGUAUCCGUGUCAUUCCUUCUUUGACAACACUCAAGACCAUUCAAGAUAGUCCAGAGGACUAUCACAGCAACACUGGUGCCUUGAUAAUAGGCAAUCCCAAGGUUGAUUGGCUGCCACCAUUGCCAGGUGCAAGAAAGGAAGCGGAGAUGGUCGGACGACUGGUGGGUGUUCCGCCUCUAGUAGGAGAGAAAGCAACGAGGCAGGCGGUGCUUGAGCGGAUAAGUUCAGUGAGCCUGAUACAUUUUGCUGCCCAUGGUGACGCCGAAAGGGGAGAAAUUUCUCUCUCCCCCGUUCCUACUUCCAACAGUGGAAACGCUACCCAACCAAAGGAAGAUUACAUGUUGACGAUGGCUGAUGUCUCACGAGUGAAAGUCAGAGCUAAACUGGUGGUACUUAGCUGCUGUCACAGUGGAAGUGGAGAGAUAAGAGCCGAGGGAGUUAUAGGAAUUGCCCGUGCGUUUUUAGGAUCCGGUGCUCGCUCGGUGUUGGUUGCGCUGUGGGCCAUUUCAGACAAAGCAACAGAGAAGCUGAUGAAUCGGUUCUACAAACACCUUGUUGAAGGAGAAAGUGCCAGUGAAUCCCUUCAUCAGGCCAUGAGGUGGAUGAGGAAAAAUGGCUUAAGCGAAGUGUCUGAGUGGGCUUCGUUUACGCUGAUUAGAGAUGAUGUGAGGCUCGAGUUUGACAAGUAG